AUGGAUAAGCAAAAAGUCACAGUUGUCGGGUAUGUAGAUAGAAGGAAGGUCCUAAAGGUUGUAAGGAGAACAGGGAGAAAAGCAGAGUUUUGGCCAUUUCCAUAUGAUAGUGAGUACUAUCCCUAUGCAGCCGAGUACUUGGAUGAAUCAACUUACUCAUCCACAUACAACUAUUACAUGCAUGGUUAUAAUGAGAGCAUGCAUGGGUAUUUCCCUGAUCUCCCUUACUCAACACUUGAUGACAAAUUUGCUUAUAGCUUCAGUGAGGAAAAUGUCCAUGCAUGCAGCAUCAUGUGA